UUGUAACCAUGAGCUCGAUACUUUUGCAUCGUAUAAAGCCGAAUGCAUUCGCGUUGUGAAUGUGCCUAAUGAGUGCCAACCUUUCGAACGUCUUUGGCAUGCUGUAUUCACUCGGAGUGUUGUAAAAUGCCUCUCAUUUCAUAACAACGACGACCGUUGAUUAUUUUUGAUGAAGCCUACGUGAACGUUUUGUUUACACAACAUAAUCAGCUGUCACCUCUGAUCUCAAAGAACGGGGCCAGGAUGGGAGGCAGCCUGUCAGUAGACCCGGACACACAUGUCGUGGUGGUCGGCGGAGGGUUUGGAGGGAUAGCAGCCGCACAACAACUGAAGUCAAAGGGCAUCAAUUUCACUCUAAUCGACCUGCGAGAUGCCUUCCAUCACAAUCCUGCAUCCCUGCGCGCAGCUGUGCAGAGUGGCUUUGCCAAGAAGACCUUCAUUCCAUUCAAGGAGACCUUUGGAGAUAGCUUUGUGCAGGGGCGGGUAGUGAAGGUAGACACAUGCUCCAGGAUCGUUGCUUUAGACGACGGAAAGGAAGUGGGCUACAGCCACCUCAUCCUGUGCACAGGGACGGACGGUCCUUUCCCUGGGAAGUUCAACAAGCCGGCCUCCUACCACACCGCCAUUGAACAGUACGAGAACUUUGUCAAAGAGAUCCAAGCGGCUGAAUCUGUGUUGGUGAUUGGUGGGGGCACGACAGGCGUGGAGAUGGCAGCUGAGGUCAAGACCGAAUACCCUGACAAGAAGGUGGUGCUGAUCCACUCGCGUGUUGCCCUGGCCGACCCAGAGCUGCUCUCCAGCGUGCGGCAGGAGGCCAAGGACGUGCUGCUGCAGAAGGGGGUGGAACUCAUCUUAGGUCAGAAGGUGUCCAACCUGAAGGAUCUGCAGUGUAAUGUUCUCCAGAAGGACAUGGUGGUCACCACAGAUAAAGGCCUGGAGAUCCCCACAGACUUCAUCAUCUGCUGCACGGGCAACAAGAUCAACUCAGGGGCCUACAGCGCCACCAUGGGUGAGUGUCUGGCGGAGGACGGAGCGCUGAAGGUGAAUGAGCACCUGCAGGUGCGGGGUUUCGAGCGCGUCUACGCGGUGGGCGACUGUGCGCACCUGAAGGAGCCCAAGAUGGCUUACCAUGCUGGGCUUCACGCCGGGGUGGCCGUCACCAACAUCAUCAACAGCAUCGUCGGCAAGCCGCUGGUCUCAUACCAAACCGGUAAUGUGACCAUGUUGCUGGCCAUGGGUCGCGAUGACGGCGUAGGCCAGUUCAACGGCUACCGUGUGCCACGCUUCUUGGUGACGCAGGGCAAGAGCAAGAGCCUGUUUGUGUGGAAGAGCUGGAGUGAGAUGGGACAGACCUCUCCGUAGGACGGGACGGGGCCUGCCUGAAUGCAAAGCCUAAGGCCUUGGUUUACACAUAUGCUGACAUUUUUUUUACCCGUUUCCAUAUAUUGAUGUUGUUUACACGGCAUGUAAUGUUCAUUUUAGGGAACUAGAACUCAUGUUGCAUGUUAACAAAAAGCCCUGAACACUGAACUGAUAUCUUUACAAAAAUAUCCAUAUACGUUUAAACAGGGUCUAAGCUAGGCUCAUACUACACAACUUGAAAAUUGUAUCAGAUUUUGACGUCGGGUUGUGCUGCACACAUGAAGAGCAUCACAGUCCCAUGGCUCUCAUCUCGGUCACAUGGGACCUUAGCACUGGUCUUUAAAUGACAUUCAUUGGCUUAUACUGGAUCAAGCAUCCAAUAUGUGUAUUUUUUAAGAGACCUUUUGGGACUCACCAUAAGGGUCUCUUUUGGACUCUCCGGAAGGGUUGUGACUUAGCCUCUAUAUCAACGCGUUGAAGGUGACGUAAAAGCAAUCCACUGCACAUGCACACUGAAAAAUUACAAUGCAUUCUGGUUUGAAAUUUGUCACGUGCGAUGCAUCUAUUGGCUCAGAUUUGAACAUGUUUUUUUUGUGCCAUAACAAACAUACGGUAUAAAGUACUGGCAGUGUUCGUCCAUACAGGUGCCUUAAUAAAAUACACUGUCAGGGUCUGUUCACAUUGUUGCCAGAAUGAAAAAACACUGGCAUGCUGGUGCCUUAAUAAACCAUUUACAUUGUCCAUCCAUAAACAUUUAUAUUGUCUGUCCAGACUGUUGUCUGUUGCUUAGAUCUAUCUAUAUAUUGUAUAACUCAGGUUUUCUGAAGUCUUAAUCAAAGCUAAGACUUCGGUCAAAUAAUAACAUUUUAAGAUGCCGUUUAUUUCAGAUGAAUGCAAGGAAUUAGUGUUGCCAAUGUGGGAUGUGAUCCCUUCAUUUUUGCGCGAUUAUUUAUAUUGCUUAUGAAGCAAGUCAAUUUAAUUUACCAUCUUUAAUAAUAUGCGGUACUUCAUGCAUUUCAUUUAGAUACUUUAUGUGUGAAUGCGCGUCUUUAUCAUUAUAAAUGCUCUAUAUGUGUAUCCCAUAGGAAACAGAUGUAUGUGCCUAUAUUCAUAUUUUAUAAAUAAAAUGAUGUUUUGUAUUCUAUUCAAAAAAAUAAUAUAAUGUAGUAUUUACAAUUGCAUGAUUUGUAGGGGCUUUCAUACGAUUGCAACCUUUAAUAAAUAUUUCUGAAUAUAU